AUGAGAUAUUUGUUCCGGUGCGGCGCACCGUUGCUUCACGCAUGCACCGUCACCAUGUCCACUUCAAUCCUCUCAGGUUUCAAACCCAUUUCCGUCAACACCCUCAACCAAGGAACCCUCAAACCGGCUUUUGAAUCCUUAUCCUUCCUUUCCUCUCACCUGCACACGCCCCCCUCACGUCUCGAACAAGCGCAUUCUUUCCUCCUCGACCUCUGCGCCUCUGAGAAAGCCCUCCCACAAGGCCAACAAUUACAUGCCCGUUUGAUCAAAUCUCACCUUUCGGCGUUUCUGGCCACCAAGCUCGUCCACAUGUACGGAAAGUGCGGCUCUUUGCUCGAUGCACUCAAAGUGUUCGAUGAUAUGACUGAGAGAACUAUUUUUACCUGGAAUGCCAUGAUGGGUGCGUUUGUGUCAAGUGGUAAAUACCUCGAAGCAAUUGAGUUGUAUCGGGAGAUGAGAGUCGUUGGAGUGGCGCUAGAUGCUUGUACUUUUCCCUCUGUCCUUAAAGCGUGUGGUGCUCUUGGUGAAACCCGCUUGGGGGCUGAAAUCCAUGGUGUGGCUGUUAAGUGUGGAUAUGGCGAAUUUGUGUUUGUGUGUAAUGCGCUUAUUAGUAUGUAUGCCAAGUGUGGUGAUCUUGACGGGGCUAGGGUGCUGUUUGAUGGGAUUAUGAUGGAGAAAGAGGACACUGUGUCUUGGAAUUCUAUUAUUUCGGCACAUGUAGCAGAAGGGAAAUGUUUGGAGGCAUUGUCACUUUUUAGAAGAAUGCAGGAAGUUGGUGUUGCGAGUAAUACAUAUACUUUUGUUGCAGCUCUUCAAGGUUGUGAGGCUCCCUCGUUUGUUAAACUGGGCAUGGAGAUUCAUGGUGUCGUGUUGAAAUCUAACCAUUUUGUUGAUGUCUAUGUUGCCAAUGCUUUGAUUGCCAUGUAUGCAAAGUGUGGUCGAAUGGAGGAUGCUGUGAGAGUUUUUGAAAGUAUGCUUGGCAAGGAUCAUGUAUCUUGGAAUACAUUGCUCUCCGGUUUGGUUCAAAAUGAGCUCUACAGUGAUGCUCUAAAUUACUCCCGGGAUAUGGAGGGUUCUGGCCAAAACCUUGAUCAGGUGUCAGUGUUAAACAUGAUUGCGGCAUCUGGGCGAUUGGGAAAUUUAUCGAAAGGGAAGGAAGUUCAUGCCUAUGCAAUAAGAAAUGGAAUAGAUUCUAAUAUGCAGGUUGGGAAUACCUUGAUAGAUAUGUAUGCUAAGUGUUGCUGUGUUAAAUAUAUGGGUCAUGCUUUUGAAUGUAUGCCUAAAAAGGAUUUGAUUUCUUGGACAACUAUUAUAACUGGUUAUGCACAGAAUGAAUGCCAUCUUGAAGCAAUGAACUUGUUCCGGAUGGUUCAGGAGGACGGGAUGGCUGUUGAUCCCAUGAUGAUUGGAAGUGUUUUACGGGCUUGUAGCGAGUUGAAAUCUAAAAACUUUGUCAGAGAGAUUCAUGGUUAUGUUUUGAAAAGAGAUUUAGCUGAUAUAAUGGUACAAAAUGCCAUUGUCAAUGUAUACGGAGAGGUUGGGCAUAUAGAUUAUGCAAGACGUGUAUUUGAAUCAAUUAAAUUCAAAGAUAUUGUGUCUUGGACAAGUAUGAUUACCUGCUGUGUUCAUAAUGGACUUCCAGUUGAGGCUCUCGAAUUUUUCUACUCUCUAAACCAAUUUAAUAUUCAACCCGAUUCUAUAGCUCUCAUUAGUGCACUCUCUGCCACUGCUAGUUUAUCUUCAUUGAAGAAAGGGAAGGAGAUUCAUGGGUUUCUGAUUAGGAAAGGUUUCUUCUUGGAGGGACCAAUUGCUAGCUCUCUAGUGGACACGUAUGCUCGCUGUGGAAAUGUGGAAAACUCAAGAAAGAUAUUUAAUUCUGUAAAACAGAGAGAUUUAAUUUUAUGGACUUCCAUGAUUAAUGCAAAUGGAAUGCAUGGAUGUGGAAGGAAGGCCGUUUCUUUAUUCAAGAAAAUGACUGAGGAAAAUGUUAUUCCUGAUCAUAUAACCUUUUUGGCUUUAUUAUAUGCAUGCAGCCAUUCGGGGUUGAUGGUUGAAGGUAAGAGGAUUUUCGAAACUAUGAAAUCUGAAUAUAAAUUGGAACCCUGGCCAGAGCAUUAUGCCUGUAUGGUUGAUCUCCUCAGCCGUUCUAAUUCCCUUGAAGAGGCUCAUCAUUUUGUGCGAACCAUGCCUAUCAAACCUACUUCUGAAGUCUGGUGUGCCCUUCUCAGCGCUUCCCGCAUUCAUUCUAAUAAAGAUUUGGGAGAGCUUGCAGCAAAGAAGCUCUUGGAAUCCGAUACAGAGAAUUCAGGAAAAUAUGUACUGAUAUCAAACAUCUUUGCAGCAGAUGAAAGAUGGAAUGCUGUUGAAGAAGUGAGGUUGAGAAUGAAGGGAAAUGGCUCUAAGAAGAAUCCAGGGUGCAGUUGGAUUGAGGUUGAGAAUAAGAUUCACACCUUCAUGGCAAGGGACAAGUCUCAUCCAAAGUCUGAUGAUAUUUAUCUAAAACUAGCUCAGUUUACUAAACUUCUGGAAACAGGAGGCUAUAGAGCUCAAACGAAGUUUGUAUUCCACAAUGUUAGUGAAGAAGAGAAAAUACAGAUGUUAUAUGGACAUAGUGAAAGGUUGGCACUUGGUUAUGGUCUACUGGUUACCCCAGAAGGUACUUCUAUUCGAAUCACAAAGAACCUUCGAAUCUGUGAUAAUUGUCAUACAUUCUUUAAGAUAGCAUCAAAAUUCUCCCAACGGACCCUUGUUGUAAGGGAUGCCAAUAGGUUCCAUCAUUUUGAAAGAGGACUUUGUUCAUGUGGAGAUUUCUGGUGA